GUGGAUUGUAUUGUAAAUUAAACUCAUUACAUGUUAUUUUAUUGUUUUCAGUUUUUUUCUAUCAUCCAACACCAACACCAACACCCUCUCUUCUCUUCUCUUCUCUUCUCUUCUCUUCUUUCUCUCACUGUGUUGUUUUGUUCUAUCCCCAAUCGAAUAAAAAGCACCUCCCAUAUCCAACAUGCUUGCUUUCUUUCUCUAUUCAUUCUGACUCACUCCUUCGCCGAUUCUCCAAUUAGAUCGCCCUUUUCCCCUUUCAUCUGGGGGUGCGCGAAUUACCGGGACUCAAUCAAUUGGCAAUGCUGCAUUAGUGGGAUUGGUUCCGCGAGAUUCUUUAUCUUAUAUGCUAAUUCCCAAGGUUAGGGCACAAGAUUAAGAAGCACACUUAACCUUGAUCUUUAGUUACACAUUAGCUUUGUUAACAGUGAUCAGCUUCCUGUGUUAAGCGCUGGAAAUUUUAGUGCCUGACUUACUACUGUACUGAGGAAUUCAUUUCAUAUAUUUUAUUAUAUUGAGUUAGGAAAACAGUAGAUUCCUUCAAUGCAAGGGCAGAGAGGUACAAUUGGUUCAAUGCCUGAAACUUUAGAAUUUGAUUGUGGAUCUGCAUCAAGUAGUUCUACCAUGGAUCAGCAGAUUUGCUGGAAUAAUGUGAAUCCUGCAGAAAAUCAAAUACCUGAUUAUAUACUUUCUCCUGGUGAUAUGAACUCAUCUUAUGUUAAUUCUAUUAAUCAUGAAUGGCAAAACUUGAGUGGGUGGAGCUUAGGCGAGCCAAGUUCCAGUAAUACCCCAAAUGAGAUUAACAAUAAUGAGCAGAAAAGAGAACUUGGAUGGUCAUCAACCAUUUCUACCGGUGCAUUGGCUGGUCCAAGACUAGAAGAAAGACGCCAUGAACCAAGCAAUGCUCUUUCACUAGACAAUGUCAAUACAGGUCCAAUGUACACACGUAGCCCCAAUUCUCGUUUGAUAUCCCAGAAUCUCAACUUAAAUGCAGGCUUAGAAGACAAUGGAAGUGAUAUUGGUCAACAUCUGGAGCUUCCUAACUUACACAAGUCUAGUGGGUCAGCAAAUGAGUGUAUGCCAUCUAAUGUUGGAUCUGGUUCUUUUCUGCUACCUUCUGGAAAUAAUGGCUUCUUGGUAGAAGAAGAUACUAAUGGUAGGCCAGAUUGUUCCCUUGAUACUCGACGUGUCUCUUGUAAAAGAAAGGCUGUUGAAGCAAAUACCGGACAAUCUUCAGAUGGUGGAAGUUCUAGCUACAGUCAGCAUACAGAUGGAAGCGCUUGGAACACCAUUCCUACCCAGGAUAAUGCUGGAAGCAGUUCAAGAAGACCCAUUUCCUCAGAACAGGUCAACGCAAGACUUGGCCUGGGUAUGGGGGAUGAAGCAUCUGCAAACAUUCCUGAUUCAAACAUUGCAGGAAGCUCAGAAAGCUUUCAUAGGAAUUUCCGUUUGAGGUUAAAUCCUUCAAACCAGCAAAAUUCUGUUCCUCCCACUGCAUUCUCAACUGGGAGCAUGAUUAGGCAUUCUGGUGUUUCUUCAUCCUCUCAAAUACCACAAAGGUUUCAUGCUGUUGAUAAUUCUCUGAACUUGAGGCCAGCACCUCCAAUAGAUAAUGUGGUUCCUCAAAGCCAGCCACUUGUAAUUCAUGUUCCUGCUUUGCCUAGGAAUAGGCAAUCAUUUAGAUGGAGUGGUGGUUCUAGUUCAAGAAACAUCCAUUCAUCAAACUCAAUAAUAUGUGCAGACCGGGAUCAGGAGGAUGCAAGCUCAAGAAGGAUGUCUAGAAAUAUCUUAGAACAUCCAGUCUUUGUACCUGCAACCGAUUUAAGAAAUUUGGUUCAAAAUCCAACAGUUAGAGCUUCAAGUUCAAUUAGUGAAAAUUUAAGUAUUCCAGGAAAUGUUGCUUCUUCAUCACGGACUGGAUCAAAUCCAGUUAACAAUCCCUCAUCUGCCUCUGCUUGGGCUUCUCGUCCUAAUCCUCAACAGAAUCAACGUAGGAUAUCUGAAUAUGUCCGUCGGUCCUUGUUUUCUCCUGGUUCUGAUGCUAUUGGAAGUCCAAGCAAUAAUUAUUCUUCCUUGCGCCCUGGUCUUUCUACAUCUGAACCAAGGGUGUUAUCUUCUGGGAGUGGGGCAAACCCAAGAUCAUCUUCAUGGAUGGAGAGACAAGGAGAUAGUGAAUUUGGAAUUCCGUAUUCACUACGUACUUUGGCUGUUGCAAGUGAAGGAAGUAAUAGACUUGUAUCAGAGCUCCGCAAUGUUUUAGGCCUUAUGCGUAGAGGUGGUGGGAAUGUGCGAUUUGAGGAUGUUGUGAUCCUUGAUCAUCAAUCGUUUCUUUCUGGAAUAGCGGAUGUUCAUGACCGACACAGGGAUAUGCGACUUGAUGUUGAUAACAUGUCUUACGAGGAGUUGUUGGCUCUGGAAGAGCGCAUUGGAAAUGUGAGUACCGGAUUGAGUGAGGAAACCGUAUUGAAGCACUUGAAACAGAAAAAGCACUCGGUUGAAAAAGGAUCUCAGAUUGAUGCAGAACCCUGUUGUGUUUGUCAGGAGGAUUAUGGUGAUGGAGAUGAUAUUGGAACACUUGAUUGUGGCCAUGAUUUCCAUAGCAAGUGUAUCAAACAGUGGCUAAUGCAUAAGAAUCUGUGUCCCAUUUGUAAGACAACGGGCUUGGCAACAUGAUGUCUGUGACUCUGUCCUUAGGCAAAUACCAUGAUCAUGAUGAUAAAAAUGGCAGAAUUUACCCAGGAAAUUCUGGUGCUUUGCUGCCUUGUCAUACCUUGUUCUUUAUCUGUAGCCUAGUAAAUUCUCGUACCUGACUGGCAAAGGUCCCAUACCCUUCCUCCCCCGAAUUUGUUAUAUCAUUUUGUUUAUUUAUCUAAAGCCAAUGAUCGCCCGCUUUAGGUGAUGGAUGAUUGGUUUGGAUGAAGGAGCAAUUCUUAACUCAAGUUGACAAGGUUUGGUUUCGUUUUUGAAAAAAAAUUAUACUGCACAUUGGAUUUGUGCUGAACGGAAAACUAGGUACAAGAAAUAUUGUUGAAAUGCAAGAAUCGUAGGUACUUUAUUUA